GUCCGAUCGGUAACCGGCGACUACGUGGGGUACAGGUACCCGAGCGCGCCCCCGACCGACGCACCGACCUGCGCGCGCGCCGCGGGCGGGAUGCGUGCGCACUCCCCGGACGUCCCGCCCCGCCCCCUCUGCGGCCCCAGAGCUGGGCGGCGUGCGCGCCCCCGCGCCGCGCCGAGCCGGGCGCUCGGAAAGGCGUCCCCGCGGUGCCUGACAGUUCCUUCCUCAGUGCCUGCCCCGUGAGUGGCGAGGAGCGCGGAGUCUUGCCAUAUCAGGAGGGCCCUGUUACGUGAGGCUGUGCACGGAGACUAUUCCAGGAAGAAGAGGGGACACUUGGUGGGCGGGGUGAUUUCGGGCAGUCAGGUGGGCGACCCGCGUAGGCGUCUGAAAGGCCCGCGUCGUUAGGGAAGGCAGGAGCGGCGUCUCUGGUUACAGGGUUGGGCAAAGGGCAGAGGUCAGCGUCCAGGUUGGACUGCAGCACUUUUGAGCGAUGACGGCGUCUGGGGAACCCUGCAGGCAGUGGCAGGAGGAGGUUGCGGCGGUGGUAGUGGUGGGCUCCUGCAUGACCGACCUGGUCAGUCUUACUUCUCGUUUGCCAAAAACUGGAGAAACCAUCCAUGGACAUAAGUUUUUUAUUGGCUUUGGAGGGAAAGGUGCCAACCAGUGUGUCCAAGCUGCUCGACUUGGAGCAACGACGUCCAUAGUGUGCAAGGUUGGCAAAGAUUCUUUUGGCAAUGAUUAUAUAGAAAACUUAAAACAGAAUGAUAUUUCUACAGAAUUUACAUAUCAGACUAAAGAUGCUGCUACAGGAACUGCUUCUAUAAUUGUCAAUAAUGAAGGCCAGAAUAUCAUUGUCAUAGUGGCUGGAGCAAAUUUACUUUUGAAUACGGAGGACCUGAGGGCAGCAGCCAAUGUCAUUAGUAGAGCCAAAGUCGUGGUCUGCCAGCUCGAAAUAACUCCAGCAACUUCUUUGGAAGCCCUAACAAUGGCCCGCAGGAGUGGAGUGAAAACAUUGUUCAAUCCAGCCCCUGCCAUUGCUGACCUGGAUCCCCGGUUCUACACCCUUUCAGAUGUGUUCUGCUGCAAUGAAAGCGAGGCUGAGAUUUUAACUGGCCUCACAGUGGACAGCGCUGCAGAUGCUGGGGAGGCUGCAUUAGUGCUCUUGAAAAGGGGCUGCCAGGUGGUAAUCAUUACCUUAGGGGCUGAGGGAUGUGUGGUGCUGUCACAGACAGAACCUGAACCAAAGCACAUUCCCACAGAGAAAGUCAAGGCUGUGGAUACCACGUGUAGACCUGGCUCAAGACCCAAGAGUGAAGCAGCAAGUGUGAAGAAGCAGAAACAUUAUAAAUAACCCAGAGAAUCCUUUUAUAACAGCAACUGCCUACUGAUUUUGUGGCCUAACAGCUCGAGCAAAAACGAAUAUAAAUACAACAUUGUGCAAUGACUAAUUACUCAAAAUUUUGUGCAUCAGCAGAAGUGGAACCUGUGGUUGGUGCUAAUAUUAUGAAAUGCCUUUGCUGUUUAAUAAUCUGGUAGCUCUAUAUUAUUUAGCAUGCAUUUUUCUUGAAGAACAAUGAUUUUAUUUCAAGUACAUCUCACUGAAAUAAAAAAGCAGCUGUUAGAAGAUGAACAUUUGGCAGAAAAUAUUUUAGUGAAUCUUUUGUAAGAUAUUAAGUCCUACUGGAUUAAUUGUUUUCUGUCUAGAAUGGUGGAGUCACAAAAAAAAAGGCGAUUGCUGACCACAAAAGGCAAAAGGCCAACCUUUAGAACUCAGUGAAUCACUAACAGACAUUUUAGUUUUAAUUGCCAUUUAUUCACCAAUAUAUAUACAAAGCUCUCAUUAAUAUUGCCUGAAGAAUGGGCCCUUUUUAAUUCCAUUUUUAGCUCACUCUCAGGAUUCCACUUCUCUUUUAUUAAUGUGGAAUUCUUUAAAUUAUAGAAUAAAUUAACCCACCGCAGACAUUUUGGGCAGAAUGGGGUUUUCAGCAAAUUUUCAGCCUCCACAGGCCAUUCUUCUCAGCAGCUUGCCAGCCAGCAGAGCAGUGAGGGCCAUGGCUGGGAGCAGCACCUGCCCCUGAACUUGAAGAGAGGCUAGAGCAGCCCACUGGGCUCCUGGCCCAAGCACACUCUCAGGGUGACAGUGUCCUUCCCAUGUUCCUUAGGCUGGCCAGACAAGGGAUAUGCCAGUGGGUAAGCCACAUCACCAUAAGGC